AUGCUCAUUUGUUAUGGUGAAGAUGGAUCAUUCAAUCUUCCUCAAGAAGUUGUUACUGAUUGGGAAAAAUAAAAUAACAAAUAUAUUAUUAAUAUUGAAUUUAAUUUGAUGAUGUCACAUUUAAUUAGAUAAAUUAAAGAAAAAAUGUAUACAAUGCGAAUACUUCUUUCGAUUUUUGUAAUCUCAAAGACAUAGUGGCUACUUGUAAGUGAAGAUUUGCUAGAUUUCUCCGUUUCUGCUGCAAAUUGGUAUUAUAAAGGUUCAUGCGAUUGGAACGGUGGUGCAUAGGGUGGAGCUGGUGCAGUUUCGAAAUGCAAUGAUAAUGAUAUAUAAUACAUUCUUGCUGGGAAUUAUAAUGAUAGAGUUUACUAUUCGGUUUUAAAUUUGCCUCCACAUUACUAAAUUAAAGUCAUUGUGGAUGCAUAUUUUUUAGAUUCUUAAAGUAGUUUCUAAGAUGUUGCAUAUGAUGUUUAAGGAUCUUCAACUGGAACUUAUUCAUUAUAAUAUAAAGACAGCACAUUGUUAAAUUAUUAAGUAGCCUGUAAAGCAAGUUGGAAUAACUUUGAAAUAUAAACCUUUAUGUUGACAUUUACUCAUAAUGAUAAUAGUGAAAUUAGGUUUAGAGUCUGUGCAACAAGCUUUGGAAGCAAAAAUUAUGGGAUAAGAAAUUUAUAGAUUUAUGUUAAUCCAUGUCAUUGGUCAUGUUUAAAAUGUAGUUCUAGCAAUUCAGCUAGCAAUUGCUUAGCUUGCUUUACAAAUCCAUCUACUACUUUAGGUUCCCCUUCUACUUGUGGUAGUUGUCUACCUAAUUAUGCUUUUAUUGAAUAUAUAGAUGAUACAAAAAGUUGUGUAACUGAAUGCCAUUACUAUAGAGUUCCAGAUUCUAAUAAAGUAUGCUAAUUUAACGAAAGUAUUAAAUUAACUUAACUUUAGAUAUGCUUCCUUUUACAACAUACUUUGACACUACAACAUUUAGUUCUACAUCUCCUUGGGUAUUUGUUCCGGACCCGAUUAAUUAUAAUUUAGUUUAUUCUUAAAAGAUUAACUCUAUAUCAUGCUAAACUAGCAAAAACUAUGUAGGACCAUUUUAUUAUAAUGAAGGAUUUAGUGUAACCUUAUCAAUUCCUUAUAAUAUAUCUUACAUAAGAUUUAGAGCAACAAUUAUAAAAUUCAAUGAUUGGGCUGAUUAUUCAGCUGUUCAUGUGUUAUUAGAUAAUAUAGAAUUCGGUUCUGUUUACACAUUAGGUCAAGUACUUACAGGUCGAAAUGCUGAUAAAUUAUAUUCUGAUUCAAAUUGUACAAAUCCUACUGUUGGAUAUUAUAGAUUAGAAAUUAAAUUAAAAUCCAAUAUCACAAAUCCUUAAAUAUCAUUAUAUGGAUCUAUGGAGUAUAUUUAUAUAUAUAUUGUUAAGUUAAGUUGGCUCACAAUCAUGGGGCUUUCGAGAUGUAGUUAUGGAUGUCAUGAAAUGUUAAUCAUCAUGUAGUUGGUGUGAUUUUGAUUUGAAAUGCUAUGCUUGUUCAACAGGAUUUCUUUAUAAGAAUAGGUGUGUACCAAGUUGUCCAGUUCACUCAGUCCAAACUACUGGAGUUUGUACAGAUUUUGAUGAGCCAGUAGAUUGUAUACAUUUUAUAUUAAUACUAGAUACAAAAUAUUUAAUUAAAGCAUUUUAUGAUUCAUCGAAUACAACUGAUACUAAUGUAAAUACAAUUGUAGGUACUAUGA